AUGUCUGAUAAUGAAGAACCGAAUAUCAUAGCGGGGACGAGUUCUGAACUACCGUUUUACGGAUACAAGCGAUGGCAGUGGUGGUCUUUGGUGGCACUCAGCAUACUUUUUCUUAUUAUGGGACAAUCUGUUGCAGUUAUACUCGGAAGAUUUUAUUACGACCAAGGUGGAAACAGUACAUGGAUGGCUACUUUAGUUCAAACUAUUGCUUUUCCGUUGUUGUUAAUUCCGUUCUUCACAAUUCCUUCUCCCCCGGAAGCUUCAACUUCUUCUGUUCCACCAUCCGUUAAACUCGUUGUUUUGAUAUAUUUUGUUCUUGGAAUCGCGAUUGCUGCUGAUAAUAUGAUGUAUUCGCAAGGACUUUUGUAUCUCUCUGCUUCCACCUAUGCACUGAUUUGUGCAUCUCAGUUAGCUUUCAAUGCAGUUUUCUCGUAUUUUCUCAACUCGCAAAAGUUCACUGUUUUGAUCAUAAACUCGACUGUUAUACUCACUUUAUCUUCUUCAUUACUUGCUGUCAAUGAAGAUGCGGAUGCUCCAUCUGGUAUCCCCAAGGGAAAAUAUGUUAUUGGCUUCCUUUGUACUCUUGGAGCUUCUGCGCUCUACUCGCUGUUGCUUUCCCUCAUGCAAUUGACGUUUGAGAAGGUUCUGAAAAAGGAAACAUUUUCUGUUGUUUUGGAAAUGCAAAUCUAUACUUCACUUGUUGCGACUUGUGCUUCCGCAAUAGGUCUAUUUGCGAGCGGGGAAUGGCAUACUUUGCAUGGAGAAAUGAAGGGUUUUCAGAAAGGAGAAGUUGCUUACAUAAUGACUUUGGUUUGGACAGCAAUAGCGUGGCAGGUUUGUUCUGUUGGUGUGGUUGGCUUGAUUUUCCUAGUGUCUUCUCUCUACUCUAAUGUUAUAAGUACUGUAUCUCUGGCUAUUACUCCUAUUGCUGCCGUGAUAGUUUUUCAUGAUAAGAUGAAUGGGGUGAAGAUAAUUUCCAUGCUUUUGGCUUUAUGGGGCUUUGCUUCAUAUAUCUAUCAGAAUUAUCUCGAUGAUUUAAAGGCAAGACGUGCACGGGCUGUUGCUUCUAAGCCUCAUGACGAAUCUUCAUGUUGA